AUUUAGUGAAACCGGAAAUGUCAACCCAGUGACUGCGAAGUAGACUGCUUCAUAUCUCCACUUUAUAAUACAUGAUGGAUUGCUAAUUUAUAGGAAGAAACAGUCAUAUAACAUCGUCAAAGAGCAAACUGCGAAUAUGACAAAUGUGUACUCUUUCGACGGCAUCCUGGUGUUUGGGCUGCUGUUCAUCUGCACUUGUGCAUACCUCAAAAAGGUGCCUCGCCUCAACAGCUGGUUACUGUCAGAAAAGAAAGGAGUGUGGGGCGUCUUCUACAAAGCUGCAGUAAUUGGGACGCGGCUUCACAUUGCUGUGGCAAUUUCCUGUCUGGCCAUGGCUUUCUACGUUGUCUUCUUGAAAUGAUAAGAGUCGGACCGGAUUGGAAAGGACUGGACAGGAUGGGGACAGACUCACCUCAGUGGUCACCUGCUAAUCCUUGUUGCCGGACACUUCUGGGAUUAAGUGACCGAUGAGACCCCAUUGCCCUGUGGACCCAUGUGAAAAAUAGCCAGUGGUGCCCUCUUCUGGUGACUGGGUACAUAACUCCUCCCUUAAUAAUAUGUGUGCACUACAGACAUUAAAGGCAUCCUGAAUCUACUCCACAGUUAUUACAGAGGAGAGAGCCUAUUUGGUCACAUGGUGUCAUGCUGUUGUCGGGUAACGCUGUUUGUUGUCUCCAUCCACACCACAUAAUUAUUUAUAUAUGAAGGAUGCAGGAUCAAAUGACAGUGUGUGCGUUCUACCUUAUACCUGUGCACAACCUAAAAUUAACCUAGCUGUAUAUAUUUGGAAAAACAUAUGACCAGUAGAGAUUCAUCAGAGGUUAUGUCUGAUCAAACUGAAAAUGAUGAUUCUGCUUGCUUCCAGCUAUGCCAUUUUUUCUUUAUCACUUCUUCUGUCAAGGGUGGAGGGGAAGAUAAACAAAGUUAAUAUAUAAAGAUGUUCUUGUAUACACUAUAUUUGACUUUUUGGAUCUCUUAUCUUUUCCUAACUGUGCUGUUUGGCAUCUCCUGCUUCUUUUUUAGGUUUGAAUUACACAUUUUACACUGGUGUAUGUUGUUUUGACUGUCAUAAAUAGUUGGACUUUAAGUCACUUAGGAGUCAAAGUUCUGUCACAAUGGUAGACUGUUGCAGACAGCAGGCAUAUCUCAACAUGUUGUAAAAAAUUGGAUGGCUAUAUCAGACUUGCCUGAAGAUUUAAAUGCAAUGCCAAAUAGAGAUGGUGCUUCUCAUGCCAUCUUAACUGCAUACUGUUACUCUGUUUAAUUCUGCCACCUUAUUUUUUAUUACUAAUAGAGGAAAAUGUUUUGGGAGGGGAUACAAUGCAAUUUUCAGUAAAACCUUGAUCAGACAAUUUCUGUGUUUGUUGUCUUCAUAAAACAAAUGUUACUUUUCAAGUGACGCACAGUGCCUAUAUGAUGCAUUCACCUUAGUCCCUUUCCACCCUCAAUCACAGUGGAUGUAAUUCCUUUCUUUUGGUACUAAUCAACAAAACACACAAAACAUCCUCCAAGUCAAUUCAAAUGAAGUACAGAUCAAAAGUAAUUGUCUUGAGUCUGUCGUACAUGGAUAGAUGUAUGUCAAGUCACAUUAGAGCUGAAUGAACAGCAGGUUUCAAGUCUGCCACCAACCAGUGGUCAUUCCUGGACAUUAAUGUAGUUCUUUUUACAGUCAUCCAUGUGCAGCUUUGACUUCAUGUUUGGCAUUGUCCUGAUGUAAAAUAAAUAAUCUCUCAUCAUCUCA